AUGGGGGCGGGCAAGAGCAAGCCCAAGGAGCCGGGCCAGCGCUCCAUGAGCCUGGACGGCACCAUCGGCACAGGCUCAGACAGCGGGCGCUUCCACCACCUGGGCCCCUCCCAGCAGACGCAGACCCCCAACAGGAGCCCUGCGGUGGGGACGGGGAGGCGGGGGCAUCCAGGGCAGCACCACCACGCGCCGACCAACACUCCUGAGCUGGCUCUUUUCGGAGGAGUGGACCACACGGGCACCAUCACCUCGCCCCACAGGGGACCUCUGGCAGGAGGUGUCACUACAUUUGUGGCGCUGUAUGACUAUGAGUCACGGACAGCGUCUGAUCUGACCUUUAGGAAAGGCGACAGGCUGCAGAUUGUCAACAACACAGAAGGGGACUGGUGGCUCGCUCGCUCCCUGACGACGGGCGAGAGCGGUUACAUCCCCAGCAACUACGUGGCCCCGUCCGACUCCAUCCAAGCAGAAGAGUGGUACUUUGGGAAGAUCACUCGUCGGGACUCAGAGCGGCUCCUUCUGAACCUGCAGAACAGACGAGGAACCUUCUUGGUGAGGGAGAGCGAGACCACUAAAGGGGCCUACUGCCUGUCAGUGCUGGAUUAUGACAACACCAAGGGCCUGAAUGUUAAACAUUACAAGAUCAGGAAGCUGGAUAGCGGCGGUUUCUACAUCACCUCCCGCACCCAGUUCACCAGCCUACAGCAGCUAGUCUUCCACUACCGCAAGCACUCCGAUGGGCUGUGCCACGCUCUCUCAGACGUGUGUCCAGUGGCCAAACCUCAGACCCAGGGGCUGGCCAGGGACGCCUGGGAGAUCCCCCGCGAGUCGCUCCGCCUCGACCUGAAACUGGGACAGGGCUGCUUUGGAGAAGUCUGGAUGGGUACGUGGAACGGUACGACGCGAGUAGCCAUCAAGACCCUGAAGCCAGGCACCAUGUCCCCGGAGGCCUUUCUGCAGGAAGCACAGGUGAUGAAGAAGCUGCGGCACGAGAAGCUGGUCCAGCUGUACGCCGUGGUGUCCGAGGAGCCCAUCUACAUCGUGACAGAGUACAUGAGCCAUGGGAGCUUAUUGGACUUCCUGAAAGGGGACGCAGGGAAGAUGCUUCGUCUGCCUCAGCUGGUUGACAUGUCCGCUCAGAUUGCUGCGGGCAUGGCAUACGUGGAGAGGAUGAACUACGUCCACAGGGAUCUGCGCGCUGCCAACAUCCUGGUGGGAGAGAACCUGGUGUGUAAAGUGGCCGACUUUGGUCUGGCAAGACUCAUCGAAGACAACGAGUACACAGCGAGACAAGGAGCUAAGUUCCCAAUCAAAUGGACGGCACCAGAGGCAGCUCUGUACGGGCGCUUCACCAUCAAGUCGGACGUCUGGUCCUUUGGUGUGCUGCUCACAGAGCUGGCCACUAAAGGCAGAGUCCCCUAUCCAGGCAUGGUGAACCGCGAGGUGCUGGACCAGGUGGAGCGCGGCUACAGGAUGCCCUGCCCGGCAGACUGUCCCAGCUCCCUGCACGAGCUCAUGCUCUCCUGCUGGAGGAAGGACCCGGAGGAGAGGCCCACGUUCGAGUACCUGCAGGGCUUCCUAGAGGACUACUUCACCUCCACAGAACCCCAGUAUCAGCCAGGGGAGAACCUAUAGAACCACACACUGAACCGAACCCGAGGGGGGGGGGGGG